AACAAAUGCAACACAACCCAAUAUAACACCAACCUACUAGCUACUAUUUUCUAUUCAUUCAAGCAUUAUGGCUUAUGCUAAGCUCUCUCUUUUGCCUCUCUUCCUGAUCACCACAUUAGUAAUAAUAUUUCCGACGAAGAAGGUCCAAGCAGAUUGUGACAAGCUUUGUAGUUUUCAAGAGUCGGAAUGUGGUGAUGGUUGUUUAUGUUUAAUCGGGAUUGAUUAUUGCUUAAGCAUAUCAUUAGUUAUGAAGAUGGUGAAGAAACAUCCUAAAUUAUGUGAGUCUCAUGCAGACUGCACAAGAAAAGGAAGUGGGAGCUUCUGUGCUUAUUAUCCAAAUUCGGAUAUUAAAUAUGGCGUGUGUUUUGAUUCUAGCUCUCAUGCAGAAGCCUCAUUCAAGAAUGCUCUUAGCUCUGAAUUCUCAAACUUGUUGAAGAUGCCCUCAGAAGUUUCCACUUAAUAUGUACAUCAAAAACCAUCCAUGCAUGCAUGCAUGCAUGAUCUCUCUAUCUACUUAAAUAAAAUUGUUUCAUAUGUCUUUGUUUCCAAUUAUGUUUGGAUUUCUUAGACAUUUUGAUUUCAAAAAUAAUAUAUGCAUGUGUGUAGAGUAUGUACUUCUAUGUCAUUAGUUUAUAAGUAAUGCAUAAUUAAACUGUGAU